AUCUAUUGCGCACGCCCAGGGCGCCGGCCCGGAGCGGGAGAAAGGCCGCGGAGGCGCGCCGGAGACUAUGGAGCGCUAUGUUCGGCGGGAUCCUUUCCGGAAGCGGAAGCUCGGGGGGCGGGCCAAGAAGGUCCGGGAGCCCAAGGCGGUUAAUUCUUUUUAUAGUGUGGCGUGUCUUCCCUCUGCCUGGGCUUUUCUGAGGCUUCGAGAGAUGGUCAGGUCCGCAUCUCGACAGGGCCAGGUGUUAUCUUCAGGAGGGCAAGCUGGACCUACUAAAUUAACAAAUGGGAAGAAAGGGACCCAUUUAAGAAAAAUAUCACGUUUUAAUGCACAUUCUGGCUAUUCCAUCCAUUCUGAUUCAGAAAGUCAGGCUGAAACUGUACAGGGGCUCGAUGGUUGUGCUUCUUUGCUGCGGGACAUUUUGAGAAACGAAGAUUCAGGCUCAGAAACAGCAUAUUCAGAAAAUAGAUCUAAUCCUAGACCUUUAGAAGGCAAAAGAUAUGGAUCUAAAAAGAAAGGAUCUGAAAAACAUACCAUUCCUUUGGGAGUCCAGAAGGAAACGACAUCGUCACGUACUAAGAAACAGAUACCUAGUGAAGCUUCUGCUGGAAGUGGAAGAGACACAUCAGACAUAGCACAAAAUUGGUCAUUGCAAGAUCAUUAUAGAAUGUAUUCACCCAUAAUAUACCAAGCCCUUUGUGAGCAUGUGCAGACUCAAAUGUCACUGAUGAAUAAUUUGGCUGCAAAGAACACCAGUGGAAUUCCUCCUGUACCUUGCCAUUCUGUGUCUCUUUCUGAAUCUCAGGCAACUCCACAUUCUAAUUAUGGCUUAUGUACCUUCACCCCAGUCUGGUCACCUCAGCGACCACCCUGCCCUCCAGUGGUUCAUUCAGAAGUUCAAACAGAUGGUGACAACCAGUUUGCAUCACAAAGUAAAACAGUUUCUGCGAAUUGUGCUGGUGGUCUAAGGAAUUCAUUUAAUACCAUUCCUGGAGUUCCAUGUAGCCUGCCCCAAACUGACAUAUCAGCUAUUCCAACAUUUCAGCACCUAGGCCUGGCUAAUGGGAUUCUGCCACAGCAAGGAGUUCCUAAGGAAGCAGACCUACUAAAAUGUUUUCAAACAUACAUGUCUCUGUUUCAAUCUCAUGGAAAAGAAACUCAUUCAAAUGGUCAGAUACACCGAAGCCCCACUCAAUCACAGCCAGCCUUCUUGUCCACUAAUGAAGAAAAAUGUGCCAGAGGACAAAUUAGAGAGGCCACAACUGAAGGAAAGGAUUUAAACGUACGUGUGCGAGAUGCAAGCAUAGUCAAGGAUGUACAGAAGGCAAAAAAUGUGAACCAGACUUCUGAAAAAGUUAGAACUAUAAAGUAUUUGUUGGGAGAACUCAAGGCCCUGGUAGCAGAACAAGAAGAUUCAGAAAUUCAAAGGUUGGUUACAGAAGUAGAGGCAUAUGUAUCUGUGCUUCCAGCAGUAAAUGGCUACACAGAUAUCCAAGUUGAAAUAGCACUGGCCAUGCAACCAUUAAGAAGUGAAAAUGCUCAGUUACGAAGGCAAUUGAGAAUUUUGAACCAGCGACUUAGAGAACAAGAAAAAACUCAUAAAGCAUCUGGUACUGUGGAAUGCAACAUUGAAUUAUUUUCUCUUCAGUCAUUGAACAUGUCACUGCAAAAUCAAUUGCAGGAGUCACUAAAGAGUCAGGAAUUACUACAGAAUAAAAAUGAAGAGCUCUUAAAAGUGAUUGAAAAUCAGAAGAAUGAAAACAAAAAAUUUAGUAAUAUAUUUAAAGACAAAGAACAAACUAUACUUGAAAAUAAACAGCAAUUUGACAUGGAGAUAACAAGAAUAAACAUUGAGUUGGAGGAAGCCUUAGUCAAUGUGAAAAGCUCCCAGUUUAAGUUAGAAACUGCUGAAAAGGAAAAUCAGAUAUUGGGAAUAACAUUACGUCAGCGUGAUGCUGAGGUAACCCGACUGAGAGAAUUAACAAGAACAUUACAGAACAGUAUGGCAAAACUUCUCUCAGAUCUUAGUGUGGACAGUGCUCGCUGCAAGCCUGGGAAUAACCUUACCAAAUCACUUCUGAACAUUCACGAUAAACAACUUCAGCAGGACCCAGCCUCUGCUCACACUUCCAUAAUGAACUACCUAUGUAAGUUAGAAGCAAAUCACAGUUUUACACAUUCACAGCCACUUUCUACAAUUAAAAAUGAGGAAAUCAUAGAGCCAGACAGAGGCCCUCAGUAUAGUAACACUAAGGGCAUGGAGGAAGUGUCCAUACCUGGAAUCAUUUCUACCCUUUCAAAACAGGUUUCUGAUGAUGGGAGUGAAACGAUGACUUUAAGUGAAGAUGAGCAUAAUUUGGAUAAUACAAUUUACAUUCCUUUUGCUAGAAAUACUCCUAAAAAAAAAUCACCACUUUCUAAGAGAAUAUCCCCUCAGCCACAGAUAAGUGUAGCUACAACACAGCCAAUCAGCAACAGCAGACUUGUCUGUGAAAAAGAAAAUAAACUGUGUGCACCCAUAGUUUGUUCUUCUUCAACAAUAGAAGCAGAAUAUGCACCUGAAAAACUUUCCAGAACAGCUGAUAUGAAAGACAAACAGCUCCUCAAGAAAAUAAAGGAGGCAAUUGGUAAGAUCCCUGCUGCCACUGAAGAUCCAGAGGAGCAGGCUACAUGUCAUGGCCUGUCAACUUAUCACAACAGCAGCAUUCAAGUGAAAGGCAAUACUGUCCCUGAUGGUAGUGUUUUAAAUUCUGACUUGAUGUCUGACUGGAGCAUCUCUUCUAUUUCAACUUUCACUUCUCAUGAUGAACAAGACUUCAGAAAUGGCCUUGCAGCAUUGGAUGCCAACAUAGCUAGACUCCAGAAGUCCUUAAGUACUGGUCUUCUGGAGAAAUGAAUUCAAAAGAAAAUUGAGUGCUUCUUCCUUUUAAGAAUAGAACUUUUCUUUUUAAGAAUAGAACUUUCUUUAGAAAGUUUCUAAUAUCUUUAAGAAUAGAGAGAAAUAAUGUUUUGUAUUAUUAUAUGUGAAAUAAAUUGUACAAAUAAUAAAUUUAUUAUUGGAAUAUGUUAAUAUUGUGGAACUUAUAAAACAAGUCAUCUUAAGAAAUUGACAAAUUGACUUCUUUGCUAAAAGAAAAAAGUUGUAGGUAACUAGAAAAGUAUUAUAAGUAAUAUUUUAAUUGAGUACUUGGAAAUUAUUUUAUUAAUAUGUACCUGCUGGGUUAAGAGUGCAGGUUAAAAGGAUUCUCUGGUUAUCCUAAAGGAUAAUAAGGGAAUCUCUGAGUACAAUUUAUUAAUUCAAACCAAGUUUCUUUCCCGUUUCAGUAUACCUGUUAAUUUUUUUAAUGGCAUUGUGUUUUUAUAGGAGAUGCUCUCUGCCACAGACUAAUGGUGUUGGUGAGAUAUGUAAACAUUUACAAGAAAAGGUGCCAGUAUCUCCACCUCUUAAAAAUAAAUUGGUCCAAGAAAAUAUAGAUAACAUCCUAAGUUAACAUAUGGCUUCCAAAAACUUUGGCACUUUUAUUUGUUUUUAUCCUGAAUGCGUCUUUUAAGGCCUUAAAAAGUAAAUUCAGACUGGUAAAUAAGUGCUAACAGAUAAGCUUUAGUUUUGGAAAUUUGUUUCUUUAAUAUGUAAGAAACGUUUACUUGUUUUUAUACUUGCUAUGUUUGAACAUGAUGGAAUUUGUAAAUCUUGGCAUUUUUUGUGGUUCUGCCUUUGUGGGCCAAUUUUUUUUUUCUAGUACUUUAGCUGAGAACAUUCCCUAUUCUAUAAAUAAUAUGCACUAGGAUGGACUUUCUGCUUCACUAUAUCGGCACUUCUUAGCUACUCAGCGUCAUCUCCCUCCAUGUAAGCAGCACAUUUUAACUCUUAGAAAGCUGAGUGUUGUACUAUGUACUCACCUGCCCAGUAUAAUUGUGUUUAGUACUUGGGACAGGCGUCAUCAUCAAAGAGUGUUCUGUUGAUCCCAGAACCUUCUUCUGCUGUUGUUUCAAGUGUUAGUGCUACAACUUUUGAAGGUCCCAACUAUAGUCUCUUUGAUAUGUCCACAUAUUCCACAUGGAGAUUUUUUAAGUCUAAAAUUAUUGAAUGAAUUCUAAACUAUUUUCAUGGAAGUGUCUAUUAGCAUUUAAAAUUUUCUUAUUUGCAAUAUUCAUAAAUUAAUUCAUUGGCUUCUUAUUUGGAGGUAGUAGGCUACAACUCUUUUAACACAUAAAUUCAGAAAUACAAAAUAAUAAAGCAAGGAAGAAAAUUGUGUCAUCUGUUUACUCCCAAAUAUUCAACUGUUAUUUGUAUGCAGAAGUGAAUUCUUAAGAUUAUUAUAUGGUACUACAAGCAUAUAGUCUUGUUUUGCCCUUAAUACCGAAUGUGCAUCCUUACAUUCAAAGGAAAUUUUAAAAUACUUGUGGGUUCAGUUAAUUAGUGGUUAAUAAUUUGAUUGAAGAACAAAUGAGACUGGAAAUUCCUUGAGGAACCUUCAGAAGGAUACUAUUUAUUUGAUAUAGACGUACAUAUGACAUAAGAUAGAAACACGAAAGAACUUGGUUAAAUUUCAAGGUAGGAUAUGACCCUGGAAAAAUGGAUUGAUAUGGACAGUGAGUUUCUUUUUUAAGAAGAAACUGCUAUGAAGGAGUUCAGAGCAGAAAGAAGCCAAGAGUAGAGGAAGGACCUAGAUGAGGUGAAACUUCAUUUGGAUCUUGAAGAAUAUAUAAGAUUUUAAUAAUUCUGUGAAUAGCCUUAAAUGUUUACCCCAUAUAGAGUCUGUGUCAUCAAAAUGUGGGGAUUGGUUGGAUGUGGUAUAUUGAGAGGAUGGUGGCAGACCAACCUGACUGAAAUUAAGGGGUGGAGGGGGUGGUAAUAAUAAAUGAAGAAAACACAAUUAGAAGAGUUGAGGUCACUUGUUGGAGUGUCUUGAGCUCCAGGUUGAGGAAUAUCCAUUAAACAUGAAGUCUCUGAGGUGUUUGGGUAUCUUUGGUGGUGGUGAUUUUUUUUAAUUGAAGAUCACCAGAUGAAGUUGAGCGUUGUUAAGGGAUCUGUUGAUCCCAGAUUUCAUAGAGUGAUAGUAAACAGGAAGGAUUAGAGGAGGAAGAGACUGGAGACCACACAGAAGGCUGUCGCAGUAGUCCAGGCAUAAAUAGAUAGUCCUUUGGUAUUAAAAGUGAAAAAGGAGAGGCAAAUUGAAGGAAAUUUUUCAGUAGGCUCAGUGACUUAAUAAGCAAUGAAGGAAAAAUCAAGUAUGACUCCAAGGUUUCUAGUUUGGCCAGCUUGAGGUACACUGAGCACUGUUGUUAAUAGUACCGACAGUGGAGAGUGGGAUAAAAGGGAGAAAAGUGCUCAUUCUCAGUAGUCCUCUUGAGAUCAUCUCACCAAGAGUCUGCACAACUCAUAGUGUCAGCCCUCUCACAGCCUUUUCAGAUGUCCCAGAGUGUGAAAGCAUAUUGGUGGAUGGAGUAGCCGCUACCUAACCUCUGACAGGUUGAAUUUAGUAUCUCAUGAUAGAUAUUGGGUGUGUAAUGAGAAAGAACAAUUCUUUAGCUUUUGUCACUAUUUUACUGUGCUGUUUUGGCUCUGUGGAGGUAAUUCACAAGCUCUUUACAAUGCAUUUAAUAUUUGUGAACACUGAAGAUGAAAGAAACUGAUUCUAUUUGACCAAGUGUAGAGAUCCUAGGGGCAGGGCUAAAGAAUCAAAUAAUAAACACUUAGUACACAGUCUUUCCCUAGUCCUGGCACCUGUGGAGUUUCUAAUACUUCUUCCAGAAAUCUUUUGUUUUCACGAAUGGUAGCAUUUUAUUUGUCAAGUGUCUUAAAAGUUAUAAAGGCCUACUUUAACUACUGGGAAAGUAGGGCAGAACUGCAAACCCUGCUUAAGUAGAGAGGGUGUGUACCCUAAUCACAACUGAGUAUGUAUUUACUGCUCACAUUGGAGGGUAAUUGCCUCAGCUAAAGGCUCAUUCACUCAGUGGAUGAAAUGAAAACCCUGAUAAUGUGCCAGUUACUGUUAUACACUCUGAGAAUACAGCAGUAAACAAGAUAGACUUUCUGUGUCCUCAAGGAGCUUACAUAAUGGUGGGACACAGCAAUAGUAAUAAGUUCUGUGGAGAAAAGUAAAGCAGGGCAAGGGGACAAAGAGUGACAGAAUUGGCUCAAGUUUUAAUUACUAGGGUGAGGCUCCCCUCAAAAACGUUUAGAGGUCCAGAAUUUAAGCAACCAUUAGGGAAAGUUGGAUUUCAUUUGCAUGGUAACAUCCUCUUAAUUAUUUUUCAGAUGUUAAUUCUAGAUUUCCCUUUCAGAAUUGCUUAAGCACAUGGGUUCCAGGACUAUAUAGCACACCUUACAUACACACUGCAAAAUCACUUAUCUUUUCUGGAUGUUUUAAUAUACCACCUACAGAGAACUGGGCAUUAUGUUGUUUAAACUAGUUGACUUGAGCUAGACCUCCCAGAGAAUUACUAGAGAUGUUAACAUCUUGGAGACUACUGAAGGAUUUAAAAGUUGAGUUUUCAAAAGGACUUCUGAAAUUGUCUAUCUUACCAUCAUACCCAAAGAAGGAAACUGUCCUGCUGUGAUCCUGACUACUGGAAGAUCCCAAGCAUACCAUGUGUAUUCUUUUUGCCUGGACUGCCCUUUUGCCCAGGCUCUUCCUGACAAAUUUUUAUCCUUCAGAGUCACAGUACUACUGUACCUUGUAUAUGCUUCUAUUGAUGCAUGAUCAGUUUGCAUAUCAGCCUUUUCUACCCUCUGCUCUUCUGGAGAGCAAGAACAAAGAUGGAUUCCCCUUCAACUCCUCCCUUGACACUUGAUGACUAUCAUGUAGUAGGUACUUAAUAACUGUUGUUGACUUAACUACAUUUCUGACAGAUGGUCAUCUAGGUGUCACUUGUUUUCUCUUGGUGUUGGUAAGUUCAUGAAGCAGGUUUUUUAUAGCUUGAUUACACACAUCUAACUUCCCAGCAUUAGCCUCCCUAUACCUUUUAUUCUUUAUUCCUGUUUCUUCUGAAGCCAAAUUCCUUUAGUAACAAACAUUUGCACACUACAACUUGUUCUGUGGAGAAGCUGCAGAUUCUUAAAUAUUUAGGAGGGGAGAUAGGACAGAAACAUUCUUUAAUCAUGUCUCUAAUGCAAAGUAGCCUACCUUACCAAUUUGUAGAAAGGAUAAAUGUAGGCAAAGUACUCGAAAACUACAAGGCACUGUACAGUCUUUGCCUUAUGACAACAUUUAAGGAGCCCUUACCAUCCUGCUUGCCCUCUUCUGAUGUCUGCCAGUUUGUUAAUGACUCCUUUAAAAUUUAAAUCCAGCUGUGAGCAAUGAACUCCAGAUGUGUUCUGACCAAGGAGAAUAUAGUUAGAUUAUCAUUUCCUAUAAUCAUGUUUCAGUUGUUUUAAAAUGGCAAAGAUUAAGUUGAAUAAUAUUAGGGUUGUAGUUAGUUUCCAGAUAAUAUUCACGUUGUCAUUCUCAAUGUUAGUGGUAUCAUGUUAGGGCAGCUUGGGGUGGGGGAAGGUCUUGUCUAGCUAGAAAUUGUCAUUUCCUUAAUGCUAACCUUAAAGACCAAGGUUCUGACCAGAUAAGUGGUCUCAGCUGCCUCUAAAGAGCUCAUAUUUACCAUAAACUCAGAGUGCUUGUUCUUGAAGCCAGGUAUGCUGCUAGGGGCCAUAAAGAAUGGAAAUAUAAAAACUGGAAUAUGGAAACUGAAACCAAGCAGUAUUAAAGACAUUUGCUCAAGGCCACAUACUUUACACCUUAAACCAGUUAUUGUGAUCCUCAGUUGACUUUAUUACGCUGUCUCCCUGAUGACAGCUGUCUUACGAACACUUGAAAACUUGAGGCCCCAGAUCUGUCACUAGAAUGUAGCUCUAUGCCAUUCUCUACUAGAAUGGUCUGAUAAUAAAGAAUUCCCUCUGGGGUUUGUUGUGAGGAUUAAAUAAGAUAAUGUGAAACUGUUUUGUGAACUGUAAAUAUUAAAUAGACGAUAAUGAUUACUAAUUUAUAUGUAGUUGGUCAAUGUGCAUAUAUGUGUAUGUACUAUAAGAAAUACUCAAGGUUUUACUUUUGCUUUGUGAAAGGCACACAGUGAUCUUAAAAUGUUUUAUAUAUGGCACAAUGCUAAUAAAGCAACUUUGUCACCUGUCACUUGGACAAAUCCAUCCAAAGUCUUUAUUGAAAUUUGUUUUAAAGUAGUUAGGUUUUUCUCCCAUCAACACUGACAUUCAAGGAUAGUGAGUUCUGACAUUUCCAGGAUCCCAGCACUAUCUUCUACUCAUCCUGAGGGUUAGAGGGCUCAUUCCUCCAUGAAGAACUCAAGGAAACAUGCAGAAGAAUCACAGACUAUCCAAGAGGAAAACUUGGUCCCCUUUGGAGCAGGAGGCUUACACGUUUGUUCAAAUCUAUAACAAGGAAUGCUGUCAGCUGCUCAGUGGAGAGCACAUAGCCAAGGUACAUAUUUUCAUCCCACCAUCCUUUCCAGAUUAUUUUGCACUUGGCUGUGAGCUCUAGGCCAAAGAGUUGGGUAGGAGACCAGAAUCAAAUAUUUUAAAAGUCAGCAGCUCCAAAAUAAGCAAAACAGACUUUCUUGGAUGGUAGUAGUUUGUUUGAGGUUUGGCGAGAAGAAAGGAGUAAAGGAAAAAUAAUUUUCAAACCCAGAGCCUCAAUGGAUAUAGAGAAAAUUAAUCUCUGCCCUCCCCAACUCCCCCUUUUAGGUCAGUCAAUACUUAUUAGACUUGCUAUUGUAAGGUAGAGAGAUGGAGUGGGGAAAAUGAGACAAUAAAUAGAGCGAGUAGAUAAAUACAUACUUAAAUAAGUAGGUCUUCACUAUUUAGAGCGGUAAAGCUAUGUUUGUUCUACCAUUCUACCCUUUCCCCCACCACAAAGCCAAUGGUCAUUUUUUCACCAGUCCACUGUCACAACCUGUUCCCUCCCCACAUCUUAACCAGUCUAAAAAUCUGUUUGGGCAGAUUUUUCUAAUGUUGGAUGACUAAACAUAAAGCAACGCCUCUCAACUCCUAAGAUGCCCAGAAAGGGUAUGAAAAUGUAAAUUGUAGUUUUGUGUUCUUGGCCAAAUCUUGAGAAAAUGUCAUGGUAUAUUAUUGAUUAGUAUAAAACACUUAAAUAGGCAAAUGGUAUUUUAAGUCUGGGAAAGUUCAUUUGAAUAACAUGGUGCAUUAGGAGAGCUAGAGCAGUGUGGGUCAGGAGUCAGGUGACUGAGUGACUGUGUUAUGUGACCUUCAUUCAUUUACAAUUUAUUAGCUCUCUACUGUGUGCUACAUACAGACAUUCUGAACAUUUAAAGACAAGACAAAAUAUGCCUUUGAAAGGCCUAGAGCUUUAGCAUCUCCCAAAGGAGGAGAUGUAAUCUCAAAGACUCUCUAGCUCAAAAUGCUAAAUUUUCCAAGGAUAAGCCUUCCAACACCAAAGGAACUAGGCACAUAGCUCUGAUACAUCCUCUGAUACAUACAUAUGAGACCAUGUUGA